AUGCCUCGGUGGACUUUCGAAAUCACACCGGACUCGUUAUCUUCGACCGAAAAGGACCUCUUAGCCCAGCGAAUCACAGAUAAUUAUGUCAAGCUGGACAUCCCAGCUUUCCUUGUCAACGUAUUCUUCCAUGAAAACCGAAUUGGCAACUUUUAUAGCGGUGGUAAGACACCACCCAAAACCGUCUUCUUCGUGCUCGACCACGCCGCUCGAAGCUUUCCAUCGGAAGAAGUUCGCUUGGCUUUUAUUGACAGUGUCAAUGACAUUGUGGAGCCAAUCCUAGCUCCUAAGGGUAUCAAAUGGGAAUACAACAUCUAUGAGCAUCCUGCAGAUAACUGGAGAGUCAAUGGCAUGGUUGCUCCAGUCAAGCAACCUGAGCUGUGGAAACAAUGGGUUGAGAGAAAUGAGGCGGUUGUAUAUGGAGAAUACGCCAAUAAGAAAUAG